AUUUUGCAAUCGUACGAUGAUGGUGCACAACUUAAUGCUCUUGUCGAAGUCGAUGAUUAGUUUAUGAAUGAGGAAGGAUUUCUUUAAUUUGUGGGCGGGGUUUGUGGAGUCGUUGGGGCGGUGGCUCUGUGCCAAAGUCAGCCCCGGUUGUCAUCCUUAUUCAGGAGCUUCUACCGAAUGUACUAUUGUGUAUUUUGUGGAUGUGGUUUCAACUACGCAGUGUACAUGAUAGUGACGAAAGAAGACAUCGACUACUUCCCUAACUAUUAUUUGGGAAACUGCCAGGUUACUGUAUCAAGUUGAUCUACCCGUCUGAAAUUCGGUCUGCACAGCCAUCAUGGAAAGGAAUAUUUCACCGGGGCUUUUCCAUUUACAACUGCCUUUCAAUAAACCAGACUUGAAAAAAGACGCUUUCAAGUUGAAGCUGGUCGACAUUGAAGCAGACCUAGUGGAGCGAAAAGGCCGACCUGAGGAGCUUGCCAUCCUCAAUCUGAUUGGUGUGUUCAAAUGCCGGCUCGAAUGCUACAAGGUUGCCGAAGAAAAAUUUCGCGAUGUCCUCUCUAAGGAUGAACAAAACCUCAACGCUCUAGCAAACAUGCAGUACGUGUUGGAUAAACUUCACAGAACAGUAGAAGGUAAAAGGUUCAAAAGGAAACUUGACAUGUACCUGGGUAAGUCAACAGGGGAAGAAGACCGUGUUAGGAUGAGAGCAAGGUGCUUAGCAGAGCAGGCAUAUGCUUAUGCUUGCGAUAUGCACACAGAUCGUGACAGCGUCAGUACAGAACGGUUCAUAGAAUCCAAUGAUAUGUUCCAAAGAGCACUGGAGCUUGGGGAUACUCUGGUAGAGAUUCCGGAGAAGGACUUUUGGAAAUUCUGCAUUGCCAAGAAUGCGCAUAAGAUCUUCGACAGGUUUAGCUACGGUGAACAUCUCGCUCAAGCCGCAGACUACAUGGACACAGCCAUCGAAAUCGUCUAUGAAAUAACACAGAAACGUCCCGGUGAUGCCAAGUACCAAGGCGAAAGUUGGCGCCAUUUGGGAGACAUUCUCCGCAAGGUUCAGUUGAGGAAGCACUGCAGCUCUGCCCAUUUGCCGGACGAUCUGAAAAAGUACGUUGCAAACCCGGAGCUUUGCAUGAUGAAAGCUCUCGAGUGUGACCCAAACAGUCCGAGGAUCUUAGCUCGCUACGCAAACUUUGUGUAUCAACUCAGGCGUAACACAAAAGAGGCACUGAGGUUGCUAGAUAAGUCGAUCACACUAGACAACAGCGACUAUAACUUCUACGCUUUCAGUACAAGAGGAACAGUUCAGCUGAAGUUCUACAAAUGGAAGAUGGAAAAGGCUGAAAAAGAUAAUAAACGAAACCCCAAACCAGAUCGAAGGGUUCUAGAACUCGCAAAAAGUGAUAUGGAGAGGGCCAUUGUCAUUCGCCAUGCUUCGUGGGACUUGCAAAAUAUCGCGGAAGUGUGUCACUUGUUGGCCAAGUGUGACCCAGAUGAGCCCAAGGAGUCAAAAAGGCAAUACCUGGAGCAGGAAUUCGAAUACUUGAAACAAGCUGAAGAUUGUGAAGAUGGUAACCGAUUAAUUUCAGUAAGACGCUUGCUGGGGCGCUGCUUAUUUGACUUGGGCCACUAUCGCGAGUCAAUAAAGAUAUAUAAGGAAGCUUUAAAGUUGCAGCCUGCCACUUCGCAGUAUACAGGCUACUUCAAUGAGCAGUUCAAUAGUUAUCUGUGCUUACUUCAGAGCGAUCCAAAGGAUGAUUCUCCUUUAGAGGAGAUGGCUCAGUCCUUGAGGCAGGCAGUUGAAAAGUACGGGACUAGCGCCCUCAUCAAGCACGGCUUUGGCAACUUGAGACCCGAGUACAAACACGAACUUCAGGUCUUUGCCGACUACUGUAAAACAAUCCAGAACAACGACAGUCUUUUGUAUGUGCUGACUUCUAACGAACCGCCGUCCCCUCUCGCCCCACCUCCUCGCCCUGGUGGGUUACUCAAGGAGUCUUGGGAAAGCCCAGAGAAAGAGGAUCACGGUGUUGGAGAGCCUGACAAGGGAAAUCCCAAGCCCAUGGACACUCUGUCUCCGGUCGCACCAUCUGAACAUGCUCCUAGCCUGAUUGUGGCCUCCUCAACGGUUAGUGGGCUCGAAGCACCCAACCAAAACCCACAUGAUAAGCCAGCAGAUGGGGCUGCGGCAUCACUAACAGAUGAAAUAAGAGGCAUGGUCAUUAGAGAUUCACCACCUGAAAAGGGCUCUGGUCGGACGCUGAAAGAUUUUGACUUCUUUGUGAUACACACGGCGAGUGACGCAGAGUGGGUGCACGAAGAAUUGCUUCCUAAGUUGAAAAUGAGAAAGUUAAAGGGGUGCACAACCCAAGAAUAUGCCCUGGCAGGUUCCUUCGUCCUUAACAGUGAGUUGCAUUUGAUGAAAAGCAGUGCUUGUAUUUUGUUCGUCCUUACAAGUGGUUUCGAGAGGGAGUGCAAGUUUCUCAUGCAUCAUGCUCUGAAAUUCAAGGAAGCCGGUCACGUCAUUUUCCCGCUUCGAAGGGACAAAUCUGCAGUCCCACGGGAGCUUCAAGAUAUCCUCUUUUGCUUUGAUGCUACUCACGAGAGAAUUAAAUGGGAUAAAUUAGCUCAAGACAUUAAGCAUCAGAUCGAAGGACUGGCCCAUGCAUGAUUAGGUCACCAGGGGUAGAAAAAAAUAAUACACUUCAUGCAGUACUGUUACAAAGGAAAGUUUGGCUGGCGAAUUUUAUAAACACUGUAUACUCGGUGCUUGCGAGAAAAAAACUUUCACAAGCUUACUCAGGUGGGACUCGAACCCACGACAUUCUGCUUACUACAGUGCAUAUGUCUUACCACUCGACCAACGAGCUUGCCGGGGUGGCUAGCCGAAUCGAGUCUAAUGAUGCAGUAGCGAGUACCGCUAACGUCGGCGAAGGGCAAAUCCUAAUGUACAAUUUACAUCCCCGAUUCCAUCACAUUAACGAUUAUUUCAUCAUCUUUCAUUGUUGUACAUUUUGGGGGGAUAGACCCAUGACUGUUGGGAGAAAAAUCCAUCCAAAAGAUGAUCAACCCAAAAAGCAGUCCUGAAGCCCAUCGCCAUUAAGUGGACGCCUACGCUUUAUUGCAAAAUAGCACCAUUUUAGGCCCUAAUUUUAUCAAAAUUUCACAGUAAUCACAGUCCUCUACACGGGCAUGCCCUCUCCUUUUUGACAAAUCCUCAAGAUCACGGCCCUCAUUAUGCUUUAAUACCUCAGGAUUAGAAGGCAUAAUUCGGCUCGCGUAGGCAAUUUUGGGCCUAUUUACAGACCUUCACACAGAAGCAUCCAUGUUAUAGUGAAUUUUCUCUAUCGCAAGCUCACCAACAACUCAGAAUAGGCCUAAGUAUUUAUCUCGCGUUGUCAUUCUGACGACCUCUUUCGCGAGGUCAACGUAAUAUUUACCCGUCUCAAUUCACGAAGCUGCUAGGCAUAGAAGUUUGUAAAGCACACAAAAUAUUUGCUCAGUAAAACAGGUCACCAGCUAAAGCGUCAUGCAGUUUAUAUACUAUUUCUUGUGACUGGUACUCAGCUGAUUCGUGAUUAGCAAACACAAAAAUUGUUAACAAUUGCUAAGCAACAGUUUCUGCUAAGCGCAUAUUUGUAGAAGCAAGCGGGAGGCAAGAAGUACAGUUUAGCCGUGCGUUGGUAAAAAUGCAUGUAAUGUAAUAAGUUAGAACAUUUUGGUUGAAUUUCUCAAACUCUCAGUGUUGGUGUUUUCGCUGAUUGUAGGGUGACGAACCUCCAAACAGCUAAACAGAGCAAUCAUUCUGGAAUGUGUAUCAUUGUGGAGUCAUUUCUUUGUUCCCGUGUACUAUAGUUUUCGAGUUUGAAAGUGUGCUUUCAAAAUACUCCUAUUUUAACCAAACUAAUUUCCUGGGCUGAAAUUCGGACUUAAUAU